GGAACAUCGUGCCUGCCUUUACGCUCUGGUCUUUUUUUUUGGUAUUUGUCAUUCAGAAUUUUAACAACCAAACCCACAUUCAUUUUUUUUUUUUUUUGUUUCCUGUACGGUACCUACGGAGUGCUUGGACUCUCUUUUACCCCAACCUCCGCCGCCACUCAAAGUUGUGCGGCGGCAUAUGAACACGGCAGGGAUCUCAAUGUAACUAAUGUGCCUCCAAAUAUGACCAACCGUUUGACAUGGUGCUUUUAUUCGACGAGUUGCAGCCCUCUGAGAUAUCUUGUCAGAUCGUCGGAUUUUAUUCGUCCGUCGACCUAAAAACGGCAUACUGCUGACGCAAUGAUUGCAAUGAAGCUCAAUAGAUAAAAGCAUCCCAAGAGGCCCCCAAUCUCGGAUGCGGGGUUGCGUUUACGGAGGCCAAAUAUGAGUGGAGAUGCUAAGAUGUCCGGACUCUUUGGUUCUAGGUCUAGGUCUAAGCCGAGGGGCAAGCAAACCUUUCCCUUUCACGACCUUUGCUUCCAUUCUUAUCUUGUUCUCAUCGCAUCCUCGUCCUCUUCAUUUACCUGAUUAACAAAGGGCCAAAUUGAGUCACCAAACGAGUUUCGGGGAUCUUCUAGCAAGACAUUCGCAAUAAACAACCACCAUGGGAGGAGAAAAGGACUUUAUAGUGCCGCUCGUGAUCGGCGGCAAGGAAAAGACCACCAGCGACUCUUUCCCAGUCGUUUCUCCUGCGACCGGCGAGACUGUUCAUAAAUGCAGCAAUGCGAACGUGGCCGACGCCGAGGAGGCCGUCGAGGCCGCGGCUGCCGCUCUCAAUGACUGGAAGCGCAAGACCCCGGCCGAGAGGCGUGACAUAUUCCUCAAGGCAGCCCAAAUCCUCGUUCAGCGCACGGAUGAGCUCGCGAGCUACAUGGAGAGCGAGACGGCCGCAUCUAGAAAUUGGGCCAACUUCAACCUUGACCUCACCCGCGAGAUGCUCAUCGAUGUCGCCGGGCGCAUCUCGGCUGCCACGACAGGCGCCAUCCCAGCCACCCGGGACGCCAAUCUUAGUGCUAUGGUGGUCAAGGAACCCUACGGUGUCGUCCUGGCCAUGGCUCCCUGGAAUGCCCCUUACAUCCUGGGCAUGCGGGCGGUCCUGUUCCCUCUUGCCGUCGGCAACACGGUCGUCUUCAAAGGGUCCGAGCUGAGCCCCCGUACCAUGUGGGGAAUCUGCUCCGUCCUCGCCGAGGCUGGAGUCCCCCAUGGUGCGCUGAGCUUGAUAUUUUGCAGCAGGGAGACGGCAGCCUCGGUGACCGAGACCCUCAUCGCCCACAAGCACAUGAAGAAGAUCAACUUUACCGGCAGCACGUCGGUCGGGCGCAUCAUCGGCCGCCUGUCGGGCCAGCACCUCAAGCCCGUCCUGCUCGAGCUCGGCGGCAAGGCGCCGGCCAUCGUGUGGGAGGACGCGGACCUCGACAACGCGGCGGCGCAGUGCACCCUCGGUGCGUACCUUGCGGCGGGCCAGGUCUGCAUGAGCACGGAGCGCAUCAUUGUGCACAAGGCUGUCUCGGAGCAGUUCCGCGGCAAGUUUGCGGCAUGCGUCGACAAGUUCUUCCCGUCCAGCGCGGACGCGCCCAUCCUGGUCCAGUCGCAGGGAGUCACGAGGAACCACGAGCUUCUCAAGGACGCUCUCUCCAAGGGCGCCGAGGUCGUGGUCGGCGACGCUGAGGCCAAGGAAGCCAACGCCCACUCCAUGCGGCCCGUGGCCAUCAGCGGCGUGACCCCAGACAUGGACAUCUACAUGACCGAGAGCUUCGGGCCGACGGUGUCGCUCAUCGAGGUCAGCAGCGAGGAGGAGGCACUGAGGAUUGCCAACGACACCGAGUACGGCCUCUCGUCCGCCGUCUUCACCGCGGAUCUGCGCCGGGCAUUACGGCUGGCACAUGGCAUCGAGACGGGAGCCGUCCACAUCAACAGCAUGAGCGUGCACGACGAGACCGGCCUGCCCCACGGCGGCGCAAAGGCCAGCGGUUUCGGGCGGUUCAAUACCGCCGACGGGCUGAACGAGUGGUUGCGGACCAAGAACAUCACCUAUCGGAUUUGAAGCCAGUUCCCGGGUGCGGGAAGGAGUAACGAGAAGGAGAGAUAUUUGGUCCAAGGCGGUAGCUAACCGAACCGUGGCCGGGGAAGUCUUCCAGGUCGUGCAGUGACUGACGGUGUGGAGAGAUGCGGCACAUGGCCCUAAACAGCUCUAGUUACACAAUGUAUCACUGAAUCCGGCUGCGGGUCUCGGUAACACAGUAGAUGAGGUCACACUGCGUGCUGAUGCCACGCUGUUGACCUGGGAGGUUGUUGAUAUGUGGUCAAAAAAGGGCGUCGAUCUGUUGUUUUCGCAGCGAGACGUAAAACGAAUUUUCUUAUAGGUUGAUUCUUGGGCUCGCCUAUGUUUAUUCAUGCGGUACCACGGUGAUGUAUUCUCUUGCUGCUCGUUGCUGUCCACUCUUGUUGUGUUUU